GUUAUCUGAUCUUCAGUGUUCCAACGCGCUUCGCAAUGAAAAUAUUCGCUGAAGGUGCCUUAUUGGCCACGUUGGUGGCAGUGAUUGCCGCCUACGAUUUCCAAGACUCAGAAUUCAACCAGAUCCUAGCAGGCGACUUGGAAGACGUGUACACCAGUGCGUUAUUGGCUCAUCCCAGGGUACGCAGAGAAGAGAAUUCCUCUUCGGAAGAGGAAAAAUGCAGGCCGAAGAGAGGAAAAUCUCCGUGUUGUAGUGAAGAGAUCUUCAAGAAGCCCAGCGAAGACGACAAAGACGUGAAGAGGGUCUGCUUCAAGGAGGUCACGGGCAAGGAAAAGCCCGAGGGAAGGCCAGACAAACACCACGGACACUUCGGAGGGCCAUUUGAUCCCUUCAACUGCGACAAAGUCGAGCAGUUCAGGAAGGAUAUGAUUUGUAUCGAACAAUGUGUGGGCCAAAAGCAAAAUAUCAUCGACUCUGAUGGCAACCUCAAGCAAGAAAACUUCCAGAAAUUCAUCAAAAACCUCCUGUCGAAACAACCAACGCUGGCCCCAAUCGCCGACAAAGUCGUAGCAGGCUGCUUGGAAGAAGUCAAGAACGUGACAUCGCAAGCCCAAAAGGCUGACCCUGAGGCAGCCUGCAAACCAGUCGGCAUCGCAGUUCGCCACUGCCUCUUCAAGCAAGUCCAGUUGAACUGCCCAGAAGACCAGAUCAAGGACAAGAGCUCGUGCUCCAAGUUGCAGGAGAGACUCAGAAAGGGCAGAGACGACAUGCACGGUCCACGUGGGCCAGCAGGACCAGGACCAGAGGACGAUGACAAAUGAAGGGCGGCUCGAUAGCUUGAUUGACAAUUGGCUAGUGUUGUGGAAUUGAUUAAACUCAGGAUUGAUAUGAUAGUGUUUCAUUCGUUCAUAUCAUAGAGUGACUUAAUCUUACUACUCAGAGAUCUAUAAGAACUAUCUAUACCAUACUGUCUGUAGGUUAAUCGUGGAGAUGGUACAUUCAUUAUUCCAGAUUUUGUUGACAUUUUCUCUCCACGUCUCCAUAAAAUAAAAAUGUGAAUACUAUUUCAAUGUGUAGUGGGGACAAAUCAGAUGAGUUGGCCCAAAAUAUCACUGCGUUUAAAAAAUGUUCCUAUCAGUGACAAUUGGAAAUGGUUUGGAGAAGAGAAAUAAAUAGAUAGAUAGAUAUUAUAUUACCGUUUUUUCCAUCAUACAAUGAUCGGUUCGCCAUACAAAAAAUAUAUGCAU